AUGGACUCGACCUGCACAAGCCAGAGCUUCGACGACAGUUGCUCACGCACACCUAGGUCCAGAGCCGGAAGUGGAGUGUCGACGACGGAAGGGUUGCUACAGAACCUGCAUCUCGCCGAGACGACAUCACUCGAGACCGUGUCUUACAUCACCAGCAGAUCUCCAUCCUCUCAGGGGUUGGCCUCGCCCGCAUAUCUCAGCCCGAACUUGUCCCACCCGCCUGGCUACCUACCUUCCUCUCUAACCCAACACCAAACGUCCUUUCCGCCUCUGCCAUCUGAAGCGGCGGCCUCGGCCCAAGAGUGCACCAUCACCUUCGCUGCCCUCCACCGAAACAGAAGCUAUGAGUCACCAGUGAUGGAAUCCAGCAGCGGGCUCAUGGGCCCCCAUGAUCUCGGCCCCUACGGCUCAGACGCCAGCCUCACCUCGCCCGGCUAUUCGCGGUCCGUCACAGCAAGCCCACCCAGGACGGCGCUCACUCCGGAGCAGAGGGAACUGAAGCGACAGCGAGACCAAGCACGACACAACUCCAAGAUUCAGGCCCGCUCGAGGAGGACGGACAGCGUUGCUUCUUCUUCUUCCUCGGUCUACUCUCCAGCCGUCACCCUGGCCGACAUGACGAGCGGUGCUGCGAGCAUGCCCGUCUAUACCACCACCUCGCCCUCUCAAAUGCCCCUGCUCGCCGAACCCACAGCGCAGCAGUACCUGCCCCCUUUCUCGCCGCCCCUACAAGACCAAAGCCAGGCGGCGGCCAUGUUCACAAACCCUUACCCGUCGCAAUCUUACCUUCCCGACUACUCCUAUCCGGCAUCGACAGCACCAAGUCUUCCGUCCCACUAUGGGUAUGACCCGAACGUUGGGAUGUACCCCGUUCCCCCAGUUCCUCCCCCGGGGCCCCCAGACGCGAGCAGGCAAGUCAGAGUGGUGCACAGCCGGCCAAAGCCACAAUGCUGGGAUCACGGCUGUAACGGGCGGCAAUUCUCGACCUUCAGCAACCUCCUCAGGCACCAGCGAGAAAAGUCGGGGCAGACGGCCAAGGCGACGUGCCCGUACUGCGGCGCCGAGUUCACACGGACGACGGCGAGGAACGGCCACGUCGCCGAGAAAAAGUGCAAGAGAAUGAAAGAGUCCCCCAAGCAAGAUUGAGGGGUCGAAAAAGGCAGAAGAGGGGGGCGGGGGGGAAGUUGAGGAGGAAUGAGGAAGGUGAAGGGAAACAAAAAAACUCUGCACCCCUACCCUCCUCUUUUUUUUUCCAUUCCGGUUCUUUAUUCUUCUAUUUCUCCCAACAUUGUACAAACUUUCUACAUGGGAGGUAUUUUAUCUCGGCCAGCCGGAGGUCUGCCUUUCGCUUCGGGGAAAGUCGUCUUUACUCGGUUUGGGGCUCUACUGCUAGACUUGGAUGGCUCGGCAUUGGCUUCAUUCAGUUCAUGGGGGAUAAACAUGGGAGACAAAGGAACAUGUCACUGCAGGCAUAUUGGGGGCAAAAAUUUGUCGCUUGUUCAUAUUUGCUAUUCUUGUUUUUUCUCCGCGGAUACCACGGCGUCACGACUGGGCAUUGGGCAAACGGGUAGGAUGAAGUAUCGUUAUUAAAUUAGUCAAUCAAAAUUCAUUGACGCUGAAGAG